AAAAGGGAAGUGUGGAAAAAACAACUACAAGUGUGUGUAUGUGUGUUUUGUAAGUUAAUUGCAAAGCAAUGUCACAAGAUUCUGAGGAGAUAAAGACCAUUGCAGAACAUUGGAAAUGGUCUGAAAUGCAAGGUCUUGAACUUGUUGUCUCUGAACACUAUAAUAACAACAACUCUAUUAAACCCAACCAUCAAAUUCAAGAAACCACACAAAUACAACAACAACAACAACAAAAACAAGAAAGAGAAAAACAAGAAAUGGAGGUUUCUGAAGGGAAAAAAGAAGGGAAUGAAAAGCCAAAUACUCAACCACAAGCAGUUGGUUUUGGAGAGUUAUUCAGAUUUGCUGAUAGUUUAGACUAUGUACUAAUGUCAAUUGGUUCACUUGGUGCUUUUGUACAUGGUUGUUCUUUACCUUUGUUCCUUAGAUUCUUUGCUGAUCUUGUUAAUUCUUUUGGCUCUUAUGCUAAUGAUGUUGAUAAGAUGACUCAAGAAGUUUUAAAGUAUGCAUUUUACUUUUUAGUUGUGGGUGCUGCUAUAUGGGCAUCUUCUUGGGCAGAGAUAUCAUGUUGGAUGUGGACUGGAGAGAGACAAACAACAAAGAUGAGGAUUAAAUAUUUGGAAGCUGCUUUAAACCAAGAUAUUCAAUACUUUGAUACUGAAGUUAGAACUUCUGAUGUUGUCUUUGCAAUUAACACUGAUGCUGUUAUGGUCCAAGAUGCCAUUAGUGAGAAGUUGGGUAAUUUCAUUCACUAUAUGGCUACAUUUGUAUCUGGAUUUGUGGUGGGAUUUACAGCAGUGUGGCAACUAGCUCUUGUUACUCUUGCUGUAGUUCCACUUAUUGCUGUAAUUGGUGCUAUUCACACUAUUACAUUAGCUAAGCUCUCUGGGAAAAGUCAAGAAGCACUUUCAAAGGCAGGGAACAUUGUUGAACAGACAGUAGUUCAAAUUAGGACAGUACUGGCAUUUGUUGGUGAGUCAAAAGCAAUGCAAGCAUACUCAGCAGCACUUAAAGUUUCUCAAAAGAUUGGUUAUAAGAGUGGAUUCUCAAAAGGAUUAGGACUUGGCGCGACAUACUUCACCGUUUUCUGCUGCUAUGCUCUUCUUCUAUGGUAUGGAGGUUAUUUGGUUAGGCAUCAUUAUACCAAUGGUGGACUUGCCAUAGCAACAAUGUUUGCUGUUAUGAUAGGUGGACUGGCUUUGGGACAAUCUGCUCCUAGCAUGACUGCAUUUGCAAAGGCCAGAGUUGCAGCAGCCAAGAUUUUCCGUAUUAUCGAUCAUAAACCAAGCGUCGACAGAAACGCCAAGACGGGUUUGGAGUUGGACUCUGUUAGUGGGCAACUAGAGCUUAAAGAUGUUAAAUUCUCCUACCCUUCAAGGCCAGAUAUCAAGAUUCUCGACAAUUUCAACCUCAUUGUUCCGGCUGGAAAGACCAUUGCUUUAGUUGGAAGCAGUGGUUCUGGGAAAAGCACUGUGGUCUCCCUUAUUGAAAGAUUUUAUGAUCCCACCUCAGGACAACUUCUGCUUGAUGGGAAUGACAUAAAGACACUGAAACUGAAAUGGCUGAGGCAGCAAAUUGGGCUUGUGAGCCAAGAACCAGCGCUCUUCGCCACCAGUAUCAAAGAAAACAUAUUAUUAGGACGGCCGGAUGCAACUCAAAUUGAGAUUGAAGAAGCUGCUAGAGUUGCCAAUGCACAUUCUUUCAUAAUCAAACUUCCUGAUGGUUUUGAUACUCAGGUAGGGGAGAGAGGAGUACAAUUAUCAGGUGGACAGAAGCAGAGGAUUGCGAUAGCGAGGGCCAUGCUUAAGAAUCCAGCAAUCCUUCUUUUAGACGAGGCAACUAGUGCUUUAGAUUCUGAAUCAGAAAAACUAGUGCAGGAGGCUCUAGACAGGUUCAUGAUUGGACGAACGACUCUUGUAAUAGCUCAUCGCCUGUCUACCAUCCGAAAGGCUGACCUAGUCGCUGUACUACAGCAAGGCAGUGUUUCUGAAAUUGGAUCGCAUGAUGAGCUCAUGAGUAAAGGAGAGAAUGGUAUGUACGCCAAGCUCAUCAAAAUGCAAGAAGCAGCUCAUGAAACAGCUCUUAAUAAUGCUAGAAAGAGCAGUGCGAGGCCCUCGAGCGCAAGGAACUCUGUUAGCUCACCGAUCAUCACUAGAAACUCUUCCUAUGGUCGAUCACCA